AAUGCAAAACAAGCAGGUACUUAAAUACGUCGUGACUACCAUUGAAAGUUUAGUUUACUGUCAGCCCUUAUCAGUGCUUUUCGUGACCACGGAAGACAACAUGAAUAAUUUAUGUCUAAAAACAUUUCUACUUUCGAUAACGCUCGCUAUCGCUUUGUGCACUCGUCUUCAGUGCCAAUCAACUGAUUUUUGCUUCUGUCCUGAAGAUUUCGAAGACACUUACCUUUGCCCGUUUGAUUAUGCCCAAGUUGGAGGUUUCCAAAUCACCAUAACAAAACUCCAACAAGUCAUAAUUGAGUGUUCUAAUUUACCAAUUUUCAACCCCAAACAUUUACCCAACAUAACUCUCACUAAAACUAAUUUGCUACGUUUAAGGUUUUGUCCUUUACCACCUCAAGGUUUUGGGGAAAUUUUGCAAAAUCUAGGAGUCGAAGACGUUUCAAUGGUCGAUGUUGAAUAUGGAAAUUCGGUAAUCGGAAAAGAUCAAUUCCAACAAUUACGAAGCUUGAAAUAUUUGAAACUGAGCGAAAACAUUUUAAACAAUCUUGAAGACGGUAUUUUUUCAAAUACUCCAAAUUUGCGAGGGCUCGAAUUAAACAACAAUCAUUUAACCCAAUUAAAACCAAAUUUAUUGCACAAACUUGAGUUUCUGGAAUUAUUAAACCUUGCCGACAAUCAAUUGGAAACAAUACCGGAUGAUUUAUUCACAAAAUGCCAAAAAUUAAUAGUUGUGGUACUUCGAGGCAAUAAGCUUAAACACCUCCCCGUAAAUUUGUUUAAAAAUUUACACAACUUGGAAGAAUUGGAUUUGUCGGACAACCAAAUUGAAACAAUUCACACUUUGCCUUUGAAAUCGCUCAAAAAUUUGGAUCUGAGCUAUAACCAAAAUUUGGUACUACCGGAACAGUUUUUCUCAGAUCUUUACCGAUUGGAACAAAUCGACUUGUCUGGUUGCAACUUGACAAAAUUACCAAAUAACAUGUUCAAAAACUGUCAUGAAUUAAAAAUGGUGGCGCUCCGAAGGAACAAUUUGAAGUACUUCCCCCAAAAAUUUUUCGACAAUCUCUACAACUUGGAAGAAUUGGACGUAGCAAGCAACCAAAUUGAAUCAAUUCCCGAUUUAAAGUCAUUAACAAAAUUAAAAAUCAUCAAACUUGAAAACAACAACAUUCAAGUACUACCUCCCGAAAUUUUCAGCGAUUUGAUCCGACUUGAAGAACUGUAUCUUCAACAAAACCAAAUCGAGACUAUUCAUUCAAAACUUUUUUUCAAUAACGACGAAUUACGGAUUAUAAAUCUGUCUGAAAACCGUUACUCGAGAAGUGACGAAGUACUCUUCAAGGACACUAUCAAUAUUGAAGAAAUCGACUUAAGUAACAACUUAAUUACAAGAAUUGAGGAUGUUGUCACGCUUGACAAUAAACCAUUCCUCCAAAAAAUUGACCUGACUUACAACCUAAUUGGUGCCGUUUCGCUCGUAACUCUACAAGGGGUUUCAAAUGUGGACGUGUUUUUGGACCACAACAACAUAUCAAUAGUGCGAUUCGACAAUAUCGAUUUAAUUUCCAGUACUUACGUUUCAACGAUUUAUCUAAGCGACAAUCCUUUGACAUACGACUGUCACAAUUAUGAGUUAUUUAAGCACAUUGAGAGCCACAAUGGUCACAUUUUCGACAUACGAAGUAACCUUGAAAUGGUACCACUUGCUACCAUUUACUGUCCUUUAACAAAGUGUCCAGAACAAUGUUUUUGCAAGUGGAGACCGUUUGACAAUUCAGUUAUUGUCGACUGUGCCAAUAGGAAACUUUCAUCAGUUCCACCACUAGUUUUUAAUUGGACCAAUUUCAGUCAAAUUGAGGUGCAUUUGCAAAAUAACAAUUUGCAAACAGUUGAUUUGACCGGUUAUGCCAACGUAACAAAAUUGUUCCUUUCUGGGAACUUUAUAAGGGAAUUAUCAUGGGUACCGCCAAAAAUACAGAUGCUGCAUUUGGACCAUAACAACAUCACUCGGUUAAAUUACGACAUAAUUCAAGCCUUGAAUACUUCAAGUUUGCGUAAUUUAACUCUGGACCAUAAUCCAUGGAUUUGUGAUUGUAGUACUGAAAAUUUGACAAGUUUCAUCCGAAAUCGUUUUAAACAGAUAAAUUAUCACCAUGUCAUUUGCACCAACAGUACUAGGAGACUUGUAGACUUAACCCGAAGCGUUUUAUGUCCCGACUUGACCCUACUUUACCUAACUCUAGUUGCAAGCUUUCUAGUACUACCCUCCAUAUUCGUAGCUAUUUUCUCGGUUUUCAAAAAAAACAUAAAAUUUUGGUUGUUUUCGAAGAAUUUAUGCUUAUGGUGGGUCUCUGAGGAGGAUUUAGACAAGGAUAAAUUGUUUGACGCCUUUGUGAGUUAUUCCCACAAAGAUGAGGCAUAUAUUGUAGAAACGUUGGUACCCAAAUUGGAAUCAGAAGGUUACAAAAUUUGUUUACAUUUUCGGGAUUGGGUACCGGGUGAAAUGAUCAGUACCCAAAUUGUAACUUCAAUUGCAACGUCAAAACGCACAAUUGUGGUACUUUCGCAAAAUUUUCUUCAAAGUGUUUGGGCCAAAGAAGAAUUCAAACAGGCCCAUGCUGAGGGAAUGAGAGAGGGUCGAGUAAAAAUUAUCAUGAUUUUGCUUGGAGAAAUCGAUAUUGAAGGACUGGAUCAGGAGCUGAGACUGUAUCUCAGGACGAAUACCUACCUCAAAUUGGGUGAUUCUCACUUCUGGGAGAAGCUUCAAUAUGCGUUACCUCAUCGGAAACUGGACGUAUAGACUUUAUGUAAUAUUUUUUUGUAAAUAUAAAACUUUGUAUUGUU